AUGUCAGACGACAUGGAAGAGGUUUUGGAGAGGCAAGAGCGAGAAAGGCGAGCAAGAAUGCGUAGAAGAGCUGCAAGCAAAAGGGCGCAGAGAGAACUAGAUGAGCAACUUAGUGUGGCCGUUGCUUUGCUGGAGGAAGAAAACCAAAGCCGCCGUGGUUCACGAGAAGGCCGGGCACCGAAUGUGGACAGAUAUAGACAUUCUCGGGGUAAGAAUCUUAUGGAAGAUUAUUUUAUCCCACAAUCUCUGUACUCUGAUGUUCAUUUUCGAGCAAGAUAUAGAAUGCAACCCCAUUUGUUCAAUAAAGUCAUGCAUGAUAUUUGCAAUUAUGAUGACUACUUUGUUCAAAAGAAAAAUUGUUCUGGAGAUUUGGGGCUGCUUCCCGAGCAAAAGUUCACAGCUGUGAUACGAAUGUUGGCGUAUGGGUCAUCUGCUGAUCAGGUGGAUGAGAUUGCCCGGAUGGGGAAGUCCACUAUUUUGGAGAGCUUGGUGCGAUUUUGUGAUGCAGUGGAAAAUCUAUACACCAAGGACUACCUGCACAGACCUACGCCCAGGGACCUGCAACGGCUUCUACACAAAGCUGAGUCUUGUGGAUUUCCUGGAAUGAUUGGUAGCAUUGACUGCAUGCACUUGCAAUGGAAAAAUUGUCCAUCUGCUUGGCAAGGGGAUUAUGGGAAUCGGAAAGGGCAGAAAAGCAUCAUCCUCGAAGCAGUUGCUGGUUUUGAUACAUGGGUUUGGCACGCCUUCUUUGGAGUUGCCAGUUCUUAA